CCACCCAUUUUCAGUUUCAACACAGCAAAUCUUCUGUGGUACCCAGGGCAAAGUCAAGAGCAUUGAAAAGGUAUUGGUUAUUACUGCAGAUAAUUUAUGCAAUCAUCAGCCAAAGAUGCAAAGCUGGCAAAAAGAAAACCGUACAAGCAAGCAAACCCGAGGACCUAAGAGACACGCCCUCUCAGUAUAUAAAGGCUUGUCACUGUCCUUGGUAGCAGGCACUCCCUGGGCUACACUACACCACCAUGUCUGUUCGAUACAGCUCCAGCAAGCAGCACUCUUCCUCCCGCAGUGGAGGAGGAGGAGGAGGUGGUGGAGGAUCAUCCCUCAGAAUUUCCAGCACCAAAAGCUCCCAUGGUGGGGGAUUUAGCUCAGGGGGGUUCAGCGGUGGCUCUUUUAGCCGUGGGAGCUCUGGUGGAGGUUGCUUUGGGGGCUCAUCAGGUGGCUAUGGAGGUUUUGGAGGAGGCAGUUUCGGUGGAGGCUAUGGAGGAGGCAGCUUUGGUGGAGGCUUUGGAGGAGGCAGCUAUGGAGGAGGCAGCUAUGGAGGAGGCAGCUAUGGAGGAGGCAGCUUCGGUGGAGGUAGCUUUGGUGGAGGUGGCUACGGAGGAGGCUUUGGUGGUGGAUAUGGAGGAGAUGGUGGCGGCCUUCUCUCUGGAAAUGAAAAGGUAACCAUGCAGAACCUGAACGACCGUCUGGCCUCCUACAUGGAUAAAGUCCGGGCUCUGGAAGAGUCAAACUAUGAGCUGGAAGGUAAAAUCAAAGAGUGGUAUGAUAAGCAUGGCAACUCAAGCCAGCGAGAGCCCCGGGACUACAGCAAAUACUAUCAAACCAUUGAAGAACUUAAGAACCAGAUCCUCACCCUGACAACUGACAAUGCCAAUGUCCUGCUGCAGAUCGACAAUGCCAGGCUGGCAGCUGACGACUUCAGGCUGAAAUAUGAGAAUGAGGUGGCCCUGCGCCAGAGUGUGGAAGCCGACAUCAACGGCCUCCGCAGGGUGCUGGAUGAGCUGACCCUUAGCAAGGCUGACCUAGAGAUGCAGAUUGAGAGUGUGACUGAAGAGCUGGCUUACCUGAAGAAGAACCAUGAAGAGGAAAUGAGAGACCUUCAGAACGUGUCCACCGGUGACGUGAAUGUGGAAAUGAAUGCUGCUCCAGGAGUUGACCUGACUCAAAAACUGAACAACAUGAGAAACCAAUAUGAACAACUUUCAGAAAAGAAUCGCAAGGAUAUAGAAACCUGGUUCAAUGAGAAGAGCAAGGAACUCACCACAGAAAUCGACAGCAACAUUGAACAAAUGUCCAGCCAUAAGAGUGAAAUUACUGAAUUGAGACGUACUGUUCAGGGUCUGGAGAUCGAACUACAGUCCCAACUGGCUCUGAAACAAUCGCUGGAAGCCUCCUUGGCAGAAACAGAAGGUCGCUACUGCGUGCAGCUCUCCCAAAUCCAAGGCCAGAUCUCCGUCCUGGAGGAACAGCUGCAACAGAUUCGGGCUGAGACCGAGUGCCAGAACGCAGAGUAUCAACAACUCCUAGACAUUAAGACCAGACUGGAGAACGAGAUCCAAACCUACCGCAGCCUGCUGGAAGGCGAGGGAAGUUCCGGAGGCGGAUCCUACGGCGGCGGACGCGGCGGCGGCCACGGCGGCAGCUACGGCGGCGGAAGUUCUGGCGGUGGAAGCUACGGCGGCGGAAGUUCUGGCGGCGGAAGCCACGGCGGCAGUUACGGCGGCGGAAGCUCCAGUGGCGGCGGCGGCGGCAGCUACGGCGGCGGAAGCUCCAGCGGCGGCGGCGGCGGCGGCAGCCACGGAGGCAGUUCCGGUGGUGGCUACGGCGGCGGAAGUUCCAGCGGUGGCGGUCACGGCGGAAGUUCCGGCGGAGGCCAGAGCGGAAGCGGAGGAUUCAAGUCCUCCGGGUCCGGUGGCGACCAAUCGUCUAAAGGACCAAGGUCAGCAGAAACUAGCUGGGAUACUAACAAAACCAGAGUGAUCAAGACGAUUAUUGAGGAGGUGACACCUGACGGUAGAGUCCUUUCGUCUAUGAUUGAAUCAGAAACCAAGAAACACUUCUAUUAAGCUGCUCUUUGCACAGGCCACUGCACAGACGUGUGGAAAACAAAAUGUCCAAGAAAACACUUCUGUCUUAAUGGUCUAUGGAAAUAGGUUCACUCCUUGAAAUUAAGGGUCUACAAGGUGUUUUGUGGUUUCUGUAUUUCUUCUUUUCAUUUAUCAGAAAGUGUUCUUUUGUGGAGAAAAAAAGAAAACUUUCUCAUUUACUAAUGAAUUUCUCAUUUACUAAUGAAUUUCAAUAAACUUUCUUACUGAUGCAAACUA